AUGUCUCGUCCUGGAACAACCCUUUAUGUCACCGGCUUCGGCCACGGGACUCGAGCUCGCGAUCUUGCCUACGAAUUCGAACGAUAUGGCCGUCUCGUCCGCUGCGACAUUCCGGCACCGCGCACCCCCUCAAGCAGACUUUUUGCCUUCGUGGAGUAUGAGAGUCGCCGCGACGCGGAUGAUGCCUAUCAUGAGAUGCACAAUAAGCGUAUCGGUCGUGACGACUUGUUGAAGAUUGAGUGGGCCCGGACUCCUCCGUCUGCCUCCUGGCGCUUCGAUUCCGGACGUGACCGCCGGCGUGAUCGUACCCCUCCUCGACGUGGCCGCUCUCCUUCUCCUCGACGCAGCCGUGGCGACUACUCCCCCCGCAGAGAUGAAAGAUAUGAUCGGGAGUAUGACCGCCAUGAGCGUGACUACGACCGUAGGGACCGCGACUACGACCGUCGGGAUCGCGAUUAUGACAGACGUGAUCGUGAACAUGAACGCUCACGCGACCGUUCCCGUAGUCCGGAUGAGAGAGACCGUGAUGUCAAAGAAGAUCGGGAACGUCGCGAUGAUGAGCGCGAACAAAAUGACGAUGAACGCGAGAAUGGACCAAAUGGGGAGGAAAGAAAAGCCCCGUUAGAUCCUCUUAGUUCAGCCCACGACGAGCUUGAUACAGCCGAGUAA